CGCCCGCGGGGAGGCGCGCGCGCGCGCUGCCCGCCUCCCUCAGGGCCGCGCGCUGCCCGCGCGCUGCCCGCCUCCCGCGCGGGGGGACAGGAGCAGAGAGCGAGCGCGUGACGGCGCGCAACGCCCGCGCGCCGCCGUCGCCGCCGCCUCCUCCUCCGCCUCGCGUCGCGGAAGGGCGCCGCCGCCAGCCUCCGCCCGGACGCGGGCGGGCAGCGCAGCAGCCAUGGAGUCGGAGCGCGAGUGCCGGGUGCUCUCCAUCCAGAGCCAUGUCGUCCGCGGCUACGUGGGCAACAAGGCGGCCACCUUCCCCCUGCAGGUUUUGGGAUUUGAAGUUGAUACAGUGAACUCUGUCCAGUUUUCAAACCACACAGGCUACGCCCACUGGAAGGGUCAGGUAUUAAAUUCAGAUGAACUUCAUGAACUGUAUGAAGGACUUAAGCUGAACAAUGUCAACCAGUAUGAUUAUGUACUCACAGGGUAUACCAGGGACACAUCAUUUCUUGCAAUGGUGGUGGAUAUUGUCCAGGAGUUGAAGCAGCAGAAUUCUAACCUAGUGUAUGUAUGCGAUCCAGUGAUGGGUGACAAAUGGAAUGGAGAAGGUUCUAUGUAUGUGCCCAAGGAUCUUCUCCCCGUCUACAGGGACAAAGUUGUUCCUGUUGCUGAUAUAAUUACACCUAAUCAGUUUGAGGCUGAGUUACUCACUGGUAGAAAGAUUCGCACAGAAAAGGAAGCUUUAGAGGUAAUGGAUAUGCUGCAUGCCAUGGGACCAGAGACUGUGGUGAUCACAAGCUCAGAUCUACAGGCUCCUUUAGGAAACGGCUACCUAAUUGCACUGGGAAGCCACAGGAAAACUAAAGCAGAUGGUACCAAGAUGACACAAAGAAUUCGAGUGGAGUCUCCUAAAGUGGAUGCUGUCUUUGUUGGAACAGGAGACUUAUUUGCUGCUAUGCUUUUGGCAUGGACACAUAAGCAUCCAAACAAUUUGAAGGUGGCAUGUGAAAAGACUGUAUCAGCCAUGCAACAUGUUCUGCAAAGGACCAUUAAGAGUGCAAAAGCACAAGCUGGAGAAGGAAACAAACCAAACUCAGCCCAGCUGGAAUUGAGAAUGGUCCAAAGCAAAAAGGACAUAGAAAACCCAGACAUCAUAGUGAAAGCUACUGUGUUAUAAAGGCUGUAUGUCUCCAAUAACGCACAAUGUAUUGAUGUCCUCAUUUCUUUCCUGUAAAUUGUAAUAUUUGCCUUAGAUCUGUGACAGAAACCUGACUUUCAUGAAAUAGUGCCCAGCAUAGGCAGAUAUCCACUCUCAAACAUAUGUGCUGGCCUUGUUCAGUUUUAAAAACAGAACAGAGUUGGUGUGUAUUAAAGCAUAUUGCCAGGUAUCAAAAUGGCUGUCAAAUUCACUUAGUCUGUGUAUUACCCUGGGCAAGAGAAUACAAUGUUCCUGCCUUGCCAAAGACUUUAGAUGUGAAUUUGCUAAUGAAAUGCUUGACUGACUGGAGAAUAUAUUUCAAGAUGGCAUCUAGUGCCAAUGGAGCUGGCUAUGUGCUCCUGUUUCCUGGAGAUACCUGGUUACUUACGUAUUCAGUAUCUCAGCUGCUAUGAAACUUAGCAGGGUUAAAACUACACACAAAGUUCUGGUUGUGUGUAAGGAGUACUUUGAAGAUGCAUAGCAUUUAAGUACUCUGAAGUGACCUUGAGGUGUCAUUCAUAUUACUGAUAACUGUUCCUGUUUCUUAUUUAUGAACAGUUUUUACAGGUACUGGCUGCUUAUUUCUAAUGUUCACAGGUACCCACAUCACUUUCUCCUGAAAAUCUGCUCCAGAAACUUUUUCAUUAAUAGGGUAGAAGACUGUAGUUCUACCUCUGAGGCCAGGUUUGGUUCUUUGUUUAGUUUUUAAGUAAAGACAAAUGUUCUUUAAGGACAAAAGAUAAAGCAGCUCCUACUCUGAAAGCUGACUACCCUAGCCUGCUCUCCCCAGGUGGCUGUAUUUACAAACUGUGUAGGGCACUUCCACUUAGCAAUAGUGAGCACUGUUGGUGGGCUCAUCAGUGGAGCAACCUGUGGUGAAAGUAAUGUGUGUGGUUGAACAAGUUACAUACAUUUACCAAAUGCAGUGAAACAUACAAAGUUAGUUUGUCCAUAAUGUAAUUCUCUACAAACCACACUGACUGGAGUUUACAGAAGUGUGCAUUAUUAUUAAUCUUUGAACAAUUUUUUAUUUCCAAAUUUUGCUUCAUAAGGCUUUAAGAUGAGAUUCUUACUAACUUCAUUGUGCUGUAUACCACAGCCAAACAUUAUACCAGUAGAUGGUAGAUACACUGACAGAUGCUGACCACUUGUACUUCCUGUUGACUGCAGUAUGGGACUGAAGUUCUUGCUUCUCCCAAGAUGAGGUCUAGUGUGUUGUUAAACCCAAAUUCAGUUGCUAAGCUGUAUUUGUCUUUGGCAUAGGGAGAUUAAAAAAAAUGCAUAUGUGCUUACAACUGCAUGAAAGAAAAUUGCAUUAGAGGAGAGGGCAGCUCCGUGUUUUUCCUGAUUAGCUGAGUAUGCUCAGGAAACUUGCCCUUAGGUGUCUCCCAGAUAACUUUCUUGUAUAUUCCUCAUCACACCUGCCUAAUCGAUAGGCAGUGUCACUUGCAUAGCUUGGAGUCUCCAAAAGAACUGCAUUAGAGACUGCUUGUGCCACUGUAGUCUUCACUCAUCCCAUCAUUUCUGUGGAUUUUCUGCCAUUGUAAAAGUUCAUUGGUUUUACUUAACAGAAGAGCAAUUUAUCCUUGAGGUUAAUUUUUUUGGCUGAGCAGAUUCUUUUAUAGAGUAAGAUUUCCUAAUUAAUACACUUCUGAAACCCUGGUUUUCAAUAUCUCUGAAACAAAUGACAUUUAAGAGGUGAACACAUUUUGCAGUUAAUAUAAGAGACAAACUUUCAGCUUUCACUCUCAAUAACUAAUAGCACUUUUAUUGCCUCUUGCAAAAGAAUGCCAUAUGGCAUUAAAAUUUUAAUGCCAUUUGGCAUUAAAAUGAGAAAAAUAUUCUUUUGACUUAAGAAUUUUAAGAAAAAUAAUUACCUAGAAAACAUGUCUCUGAUGCCACAGUUUAUAGUAACCACUGCCAUAAAAUAACUUUCUAGCAAUAAUAAUUUUGGUGAUGUGAACAGAAAUUAGCAAUCACUAGGAGAGAUGACCUCGUGGCUGAUGUCCAGCGUGUAAAAAGAGGUGAAGUCUCUUAUCAAUCUGUAUAAAUAUCUGAUGAGAGCAAGUAAAGAAGAUGGAACCAGACUUCUCAAUGGUGCCUUGUGAAAGGACAAGAGGCAAUGGGCACAAAUUGGAAACACAGGAAAUUCCCUUUAAACAUAAGAAAAAACAUUUUUACUGUAGGGGUGAUUGAACACUGGAACAGGUUUUCCAGAAAGGUUGUGGAGUCUACAUCCUUGGAGAUAUUCAAAAGCUGUCUGGACACAAUUCUGGGCAACAUGCUCUAGGUGCCCCUGCUUGAGCAAGGGGGUUGGACUAGAUGGUUGCCAGAGGCCCCUUCCAACCUGAACUAUUCUGUGAUUCUGUGAAGUACAAAUAACUUGCCUUUUUUCCUCAGCAUUACAUUUUUAAAUUAAUGCAGACUUUUUGUCUUCCUGAGAUGCAGACUUUCAGAUAGCUAAGAAAUAAAUCUGUAUUAAUAAAUUGCCAUAUUUUUUAGAUAAGCUUCUUUUUGCUAGGGCAGUUGCACAGGGAACACAGCUGACUUUUUUGAGAUAGUUGCUUUCAGCAAAAGUGUUUAAAUACUGCAGCUGGAGAUGCAUUUCAACAGUUGAGCACAAAAGCAUUUUAACUAUUUCUAGCAUUGAUUACAUAAGUGCUGCACACCACAUUCCAAAUAUAAGUGAGUUUGUUUAUUUUUUAAAAUGUAGACCAUUUCACAUUGAAAUGUAUAAUUCUUACCGUCCAUUUGGGAAGAGGGGAUCAACAGACCAAAAUUCCUUGGCUCUACAUGCCAUGGUUCUUUAGUUGACUUUGCAGCAUUAAGCUUGACUCCCUAGCCCAGGCAUAUCCAGCUUUUUGGCUCCUGUGGGUCACAUACCAAAGUCUUCAGAUGACCAAACUCUAAGACCUCUGCCUUGUCCCUCAGAUUGCUAAGAGGUAGAUGAGCCCUAAGAGCAAUUCACAGGCAGGAAAUGACAUUUGCUGUCCUGAGUCCCAUUGCUCCAGGGUAGCACAGAGCUUGGCUGAGUGGCGAUGUGGCUCCUGGUGUGCUGUCUCCUGUAGCCAGGGCUGUGGAUUGAUUGCCCAGCAGCCUGUGCAGUGUAACUUCAUUGCCAGUCACGUAAUAUGGCCUUGAAUGGGAGCUGCAUGAGGGCUGACUGAGAGCCACAUGAAGGCUGCCCCUGCACAAGUGCAGUGAGGAAUUGAAGUUCUUCACAUCAGGGGAUCAACAGGAGAGAGAAGCUCAAAAUCAGCUUAAAAUUUUUUUAAAACAGCAUUAACUAUGCACUGUCAAAGUCUGUUGCUGUCAAAGAAGCCCUACCUGUUGCAAGCUUGUACUACAGAAAAGCCCUUUUAGUAAGGGUGAAACAGCAUAUUUGGUUUUGGCACUAAAAAGAUAAACUUUCAUAAGGGAAUUAGAGAAAGGCUGGGCAGGUGUUCUCUGAAAUAAAGAAGCCUUGGUAUUCAGAGACUUAGUGUUACCUUAUAGCCAAGGUUGUAUUUGUAAAGCAUAGUCAACCUUGAUAUUGCUGUAGAACAAUGUGUGGGAUGUUUGCCAGAGCAGCUUAUACCUGUCAGGUGUGAUGUCUUCCCAUCGCUUCAAAGAAGGAAGAAUCACUCCAGUAAUUCACACCUUCCUUGGAGUCUGUGACACAGCUGUACAGUGUAAGGGAUGGAUACAACAACUGAGAGAGAGCUUCAGUAGGGGUGGGAAAGGGAUACAAAUACAAAAAUGCUGAAUUUGCAAAAGUUUGUAUUUUUGCCCUAGCUGGAUUCUGUAGCAGUUGGCUGCUAGCAUCUUUUGCUGAAGUCCCUGGGAGUUGCUCGUAUCUGUUUUAAACUCCCAUUGACUUGAUCUAAAUUAGGUCAGGUUUAUGCAUUCACUGAAGAAUUGGGCUUAACAUCUCUUACCUGGAAGAUCAAACAUCAAAAAAUUAUCUGUAGCUAACUUUUUGUAGUCAGAACAUGCUAACAUAGGUUUUUAAACAUUUUUAAAUGUCAAGGUAUACAUACAUAAUAUCUAGGUAUAUUUUUACUGAUUCGGAGUUAUACAGCACUUUUUCAUAAUGUUUGCAGAACACAGUUCAUAGUCUUAACACAAUUGUGUCCAGUAUUUCUUUAUUCCCUCCUCUCCUCCUGCAUAUAAUAUCUGUAAAGAUUCCAAGUUGCAACUGUAUUUCUGGUGCAGCUGAAAAGGGUUUCAGUAUUAGAUAGCUGCCCGUUAUUUAAGGGAAUGGAGGAGAUGUAUCAGCAUUGUGUGAUCUACUUGCAGAUCCGUAGGUGAGGAAAGAGGGUUAGUCUAAACCAAUGUAGGUUCCCAGCUGACUGCAGAAGAACAUUAGGUCCCAGCUGACUGCAGAGCAAGCACUUUAGCACAGAAAGUGGCAUCAAUAACUAAAAACCUUCCAUGACUGUCCUAACAGCAUGAAAUGCUUCUGGAGUCUACUAGUCUAGGGUGCAUCAGCCUUGAGGCUGUUGUGGUUAGGGAUCACUAACUUCACUGCUUCUGUUUGUGUCCAGUCAACUUCGCCACCGUGCUUUUUCUUCAGUUACUAGUAGUAACUUGUGUUGAAUCCCUUUUCCUGGAAUGAGCUUUUCAGUGUAUGUGGUCAGCCAUUUUGAUUAUUGCAAGUGCACUCAUUUGUGGAGCCGCUGUGCUGGACAGAACAAAACUUGUUUAAAAUGAUCUACUCUAUUCUGGGCCUAGUUAUAGUCUUUACGUGCUUAAAACUCCCAGUUACCUCUGUGGGAGACACGUGCAUAGACAUUGUGCUAAAAUCAAUGCUAUUCACACUUGGCAUAAACAUUUUAGAAAUCUGCCGUAAAAUUGUCAACUUAAAUGAUUGUUUGCUGAUUUACGUCGUAAAUGGAAGAAAUCUAUAAUCAACAUGCUAUACAAAAGAAUUGGGGGACCAAGGUUUCUAGCUACUUUGCCUUGUUGAGUAUCUUAUAUGUAUCUUGAUUAGACGGUGUUAAUUUGUUGUCCGAGUCUGCUAUGGUGAUUGUUUUAUCUAUUUUAUUCUAUUUUAAAAUAUGUGGCAAGGAAGAUUGUAAUAAAAGCAUCUAAAUGUAAUAUACUGUGCACACACAAAUUGUUAGAUCCUAUUUUUGAUUAUGUUAACCAUUUCAGAAUUAAACAAAACCAGAACAGUUUGAUAGUGUUGCUGAGUAAAGUGGAUGUAAUUAAAGGUUUUCUUAGUUGUAUACUAGCAUAGAAGAUGGGUAGUUAAUUGAAGAAUUCGCAUUUGUACACUGUAACCAUCGCAGAAUAAUGCAGUAGGUGUGUGGAAGAGAAUAACAUCCUUGUCUUCUGAAUUUUUUUGAAGAAGUUUCAUGGGAAGACAACUGCUGGCAUUUUGCACCACUGCUCCUGUAUGCCUUGUACUUGCAUGUGUAGAACUUGUCUGUGCUGUGCUCUUUCCUCUUGCAUAAAAGGGAAGCAGAGAGGCUUGGAAUAAGAACCCCAACACAUUUCCAGGUCUGAUCCAUAUGCAGCGUUCAGCUGCGGUACCCUUCACAGGGUAAUUUUUACCUCAUUGCCUAGCUUAGAGCAUACAAGACUACGGUAGGAAACAACUGCUCCUGCAUGUCAGAGCAAGUGCUUCUGUUAGUACUCUGCACUUUAUAUGCGAAGGCAGUUUUGCAGGAGAAGGAGAGCAAGUAUUCAGCUUAAUGAGAGCGCUGGUAAUUGCAGAAAAUACUAUGUCAGUAUGGUUAUGCCCACUGGAGAAGUUAGGUUUAUAGUUAUACCAAGGAAAAGCACUUCUCCUAACCUAAGGGUCUUGUGUAUUUAAAUAAUGCCAUUUGAAGCCUAGACAGAAAGGAUGCAAAUUUUGGUGACUUUGAAGGCAAAAUAUUUCUUCAUAAAUUGAAACAAAAACCAGUCCAUUCUUCUGUAUCACGUUGCAGCCUCAUUGGCUUAUUGAUUAGUCAGUCAUUCAACUCCUAUUAAAAUCACAGGAUAAGAUUUUCCAGGAAACAUCUGUACUUUUUAAAAAGCAUUUGCUUCUGAUAAUUGGGAACUUAACUGCUGAACAGUUUUCUAGCCCACUAGCAUUGUAAAACACGUCAGUUAAAGAAACGUGACAACCACGGAAACUAAGCUUUGAAACGCUCAAUCACAGCCCUGAAAAUAUCUCUUCUGUUUUAAAUAAGUAAGUGAACUAAUGAGUUUACACGUGCUUGCAGGAGCAGAUUUUAGGUAAAUUAAGAUCCACAUGGUUCAGAUCAGAAACCUGACCUAAACUGCCAGAGAGGGGCUUUGAAUGCAGAAUCCAAGGUACCUGCUCUUGAGCUACUUUUUCAUAGUUUAUGUGGAGUCAGGAGGACAGUCUCCAGAAGGGGAGAAUGCAAUUUGACUUUCAGCAGCUGAGGAGAGCUCCUAUCUGCUUUACCAGGAAACCGGUGCCAGGUGCCAGCCCCAAAGCCACCAGCCCCUGACUGCUCCAGCAACAAUGAAUCUUGAGGCAAACGGGAUGCUCCCGAGUGUGUUCCUAAAUAAGCGUGCAUUCCUGAAUUAGUGCCUCUACAAUGCAAAUAAUAGUAAUAAUAACAAAUACAGAAAGUAAUUUGCAGAGUAGCGAAUAAGGCAGCACAUUAUUAAGACAGAGAAAACCAGCAAUAUGAGAAGGCUGUGCCAUAUGUUACCACUGAGAUCACAUGUAUUCCCUACCUAUUGCCCAUGUGGUUGCAUUGCUAUUUAGAAAACUCUGUGUGUAGAAGAUAGUAAUAUAUGUACUCUUUGUGUGCGUGCGUGUGUGUGUGUAUGUUGAAGCUUUAUUUGCAAUGUGGUGGGGGUGGGAACCAGAAUUUGGGGGCUGGCUGUGUAGGCCUUCAGAAUGUGGGCAGGAGGUCCUAAUGAAUUAUAUUUUUAUAGAUUGUGCUGAAGCUUUGGGUCCCAGCCACAGAUAGCCUUUUCUUCCAGAGAAAUAAAAUGGUAUGGGAAGUGAGCGAGGUGGCUGUAAUAUAGUAGGGAUAGUACAAACCCCACCAGCCCUGGACAGACUAAAAUAACUUAAUAAAAGAUGCCUUUUUAAGUAAUAUUUUUUUAGUGCUAAAAUUGUUAAACAAAGAAAUAUUUAUGAGCAAACUUUCUAUGUACUUAAAGUUUGUGUAGUGCUUUGUACUGACUAGGUGGACCUGUUAAAUGUUUACAUAUUUUAAUAAUUGUCCUUGAGACGUAUAUAGUAAUUCAAUUAAUUUUAUGCCGGAAAAACAAUGAAGUUCUGUGUAAUAGCAAAUUAUUUAAUUUCUAAUGAAAUUGUAGGCCUUUGUAGUGUUUGUGUAUUUUCUGGCUGGCAGUUACUAGUUGUAUUCUUUCUGCAGUAACGCUUAUACACUUGAUUGUGGAGAGAGGCAGUAGGAUAAUAAAAAAUACUAUUUGAAAGAAAACCCUAAAUAUUGUUACCUUAUCCAUUAUAAAAUCAGGUAAGUGGUGACAUAAGCCUGAAACUUGGAUUUUGUGUUAGAGUAAGAUACCAAACUACUAGAGGCAGGCUAAAAAUGGGUCACAGGUUUGUUAAUUUCUUUAAAUAAUCUGGAGGAUUCUACAGGUGCUCAAUAGCAACAUGUAAGUAGAGAAGCCAAGAGAAUGGAACAGGACUAGCCUUUACGCGUUAUUUGAAGCUGACUGAGCUGACUUCAUGGCUUGUGCUGAGUGAACGUGCAAUAGCUAGAUGAGUAGGUUAAAUGGGAGAAAUUCUUUUUUUCGUUUUUUUUUCCCUUCCAGUCUGUCAGUUGUAAUAAUGUGAAGGAUUUAAGUAGAGUGAUCUGAAUUUAAAUUCAAUAAAUGUACGAACUGGCUUUCAGAAGAGCUGAGUUACUGACAAAAUCCCAUUCAGUCAAAACGCAAGUUGUCAGCAGGUUUGAAAGUCAGAACUUUUCUUUUAAAUCUUGCUAUAGUUAUUUUCUUCUUUAUGUUUUUAUGACUGGGAGACUAGGGCUAAAGCAAAUCCCUUCCAGGUAUUUAUUUUUUUGCUUGGUCAUUUGGAGGCUCCCUGGGAAGUGCAAGGAUCUGCCUCCAUAUGUCAGUUUGUGGAGUAUGGCCCUCCAUUGAACGUUAUGGUCGUACCCCAACCUUUAGUGGUCUGGAGAAACUCUGACCAUCCUUAAUUAUGUUUUUUUUUUCUUUUUUAAAGAAACAAGCCAGCAUCCUCACCACUCUUCUGAAUAAAUCACCACUGCAAAAACUAGGGAAUCAUUUAUCAGAAGUUUUCUCUCAAGAGUUCUUCAGCUCUGGAUAUGUUGAAGGAAAAGUAUUGCUUCUGUUUUGCUGAGUUGGCAAGAAAAAAGUUGCUAAGACUGAUCAUGUAUUGUUGAAGAGAGGAGAUAGGGAAGGGAGCAGUUAGGUUUUGCAUGCUUCACUGUGCCUAUAUUUCCGUCCCCUGGGAAUCUGUGGGUACAAUGUAUGCAUGGUGAUGGCAGACUGACUGUUUUACCUGCAUCGUCCCUUGGGGGAAAUGCAGAGGAGUUAUUCUGCGAAACUGGGAGAUUAGGUCUGUGUAAAUUUGUUGGGCUGUCUGUUUUUAAAUACAGUGAGGAAGCUCUGAUUUAGCACAGCUCUUAAGUAUGCACUUUAAAGCAUAUACUGAAUCAGGACACUGCUUUUAUGGCCUUGGCAUAAGGCAGUGGGAUAUUCAUUUUCUGCCCUUCACCUCCUCCCUGUUUUAGGAACCUACUUUAGUUAUGUAAUUUCCCUAAACUUUUUCUAUAGUUCAUGGAGAGGAAGAGACUCUGCAAGUGAAUGAUUCAGACGAUUUAGACUAGGCUGUUGCUCCUUGGAAAAGGAAGGUGUGGAAUUACCAGCAAUGAUGGUGGAUUUUACUUGUCCAGCUCUGCUGCGCCAUAAAUCUGCACCCUGAUAUUCCUCUCCCAUCACUUUUGCUGGUGCUGGUACUUGCUCAUCCCCAUAAUGAGUGAAGUGAAGGAGCUAAACCAACGGAGAACUUACCCAGACAAAAAAAUGUGAAGUUUUCAGCUCCUUUAGCUCACUGAACUUCCUCGUCUUGGAAGCAGACAAGUGCUUGUGCCACAGUGGAGAGGAUAGGAAGACGCAGCUGGGCAAAAGGGGGGAGAAUGGGACUGCCCCUUUUCUUGGCAGCAAGUGGCUAGGUAAGCACAGCCAAAUUGCAGAGCUGCACCAAUAGUGGUAGAGAAAAGAAGUCCUCGUCAGCUAAGUAAUUGAAAGAAGAGAUACAGAUUUAGUAGUAUGAGUUUGGUUUUCCCAAUCCAGCCCAUCCCCUCUACUGCAGAAACCUUACACUGUUGGAAGAUUUUGUGUGACUGCCCAUAUGAUCGUUAUGACUAGCAGAGUAGAAAAUAGCAGAUAACAAAGCAGUAAAGCAGUUAUCUGAGUAGGGAACAUAGAAUAGCAAGCAGAUAAAAUUUUAAGUCCGCUUUCGCAGCACUUGCAUGGUGUCAGUAUUGUCCAGGUCUGGCUCUUUUCCCUUCCCAUGCCCCUUUAUUUAAAAAAAAAAAAAAAAAAAAGAAAAAAAGCAAGUUGCCUGUGAAUUAAAGUGGCAUUAAGAUUUAUUUUUGUUUAUAGGUUUCUGGUUCAGAAGGGAUUUUCAACAGAUGCCUGGCCAAGCAGUGUGAUACAAAUUGUCACUGUUGGCUUGGAGCAUGUUUCCCCUUUGUUCGUGAUACACCUACAAUAAAUGCUAUUGGAAGAUCACUUGUAGACAGGUACUCAUGUUCGGUGAUCUGUAUCUACUAAAGCUCAUAUAUUCACAUGCCAAAUAUGAACUUGUGCAAACCAUGCCUUGCCAGGGAACAAAAGUGUAUGGUUUGUUGUCGGUGAUGAGCGGACAGAAUUUAGCACCAGUGAUUUUAUAGUUUGCUGUCAGUGAGUGUAAUUACUUGUGUAAUGUAGCCCUUUCAGUACUGUUUUCUUACCAGAAAAUGGAGUAUGACAUCAUAUGUAUGAUUUUAGUAUGUCUUUAGCUGGCUGAACUGGGAAAUACAAAUCAGGAUUGUUAAAAAUGGGAGGGAUAGCCACGAACUUAUCUAAGAUACAAAUAAGGAGAAAAAAUUUGACAUUUGUCUCUAGUUCAGAAAUUAUUAAGUAUUGACCCAGUGGGUGUGACAUAUCUUUAACAGGGAGUAGCAUCUGGAAGAGGCCAAUAUUUAGGGUUUUUGUCAGAAGCACAGUUAAUUCUGCUCUACUGCUUAGUGAGAAUGACCAGCACAGAUGCCACCAGAACCUCUUCUCGUAAUGCUGUAAUACAGACUGUGGUUUUCUUGUGAAAGUCUUAACCUCUUCUUAUGAAAAUAAUGCACAACUAAAUAUUUUCAUGGUGUAUAAGUGAAACGUAUCUUUUUUUUUUCAAUAAAAUACAUUUCUUUUACUAAAUGUC